AUGGCUUCCAACCAGCAGAACGGACAAAUGAAUGCGUCAGUUCCCAUGUACUUGCACCCACUCGGAGGAGUCUCCUUCCUUGGCGACCCAGCACGGAAGCUACCAGAGUUGAUCUUCUCCCGUGGUCGUCCUCAACCGGAAGCUACGUGUCUGCCACCGGAUCUAGUCAAUACAAAUCCUCACUGGAGAACUCUUGAAGGAGCUGGCAAUCCAGACAGGGACAUGAUUGGACAGUUGAACUCCUACCAUGGUCUUCCUGUUCGGGAUGCUCCUGUUGUGGAUAACUACCCCUUGACUUUGGCUCCAAGUGCUCCCCAGCUUCCAGUCACUCCAAUGAUUCCCGUGGCUCAAGCGGCUCCAGUUGUCCCGGCGGCCUCAAUUGUCCCAGCAGCUCCAGUGGGUCCAAUCGAUGAUCCACUCUAUCUUUACAGAGUCGUCUUCCCACCAGAGUAUGAAACGAUUGCUGCAGAAGUCGUCAGGAACUUGAAGCCUGCUCUGAAGGCCUGGAUUCGAAAUGAUGGCCAACACAUCUCAGCCUUCCUCUCAGACUUGAAGCUCGAGGAAUUCCUUCGUCCCAGAGUUGUCUUCGACCACAUGACCGGUAAUCUCAGGCAACGCACCCUGUGCGACGAUGAUCCAAAGAGACCUGCACAUCUGGAGUGGAAGUGGAAUCGGACGAGUGAAGAAGCACUGCAGAAGAAGCUGGAGGGAAAAAAUCAGUUCUAUGAGCCAGAUGAUGAGUGUAUGGAAUGGAAGGACUUUAAAGCGGCCAUUCAGGUUCGGUUCAUCAAGUGGUGUGUUGAAAAGGUCGGGUAUAGGGCAAACGACGUAUAG